UGGAGGAAGAAAUGAAAGCCAAAAUACGAAAGCAAAAGCAGCAGCCAUGCAUGGUUGUGUUAAAACUUUGCAUAAUUUUUGCCAUUUUACCUUUAAACCAAUCUCUCUCAUUCAACUACACUCAAGCCCUCUCCAAGAGCCUCCUCUACUUUGAGUCACAACGCUCCGGCCGCCUCCCCCACCACCAGCGAGUCACCUGGCGCCACCACUCCGCCCUCACCGAUGGCCUCGAACAAGGAGUGGACUUGGUGGGAGGAUAUUAUGAUGCUGGUGACAAUGUGAAGUUUGGUUUCCCUAUGGCAUUCACUAUAACAAUGCUCUCUUGGGCAGUCAUUGAGUACGGCGGAGAUAUUGCUACCGCCGGUGAGUAUGACCACGCGGUGGAGGCCAUCAAGUGGGGGACGGAUUAUUUCAUCAAAGCUCAUACUCAACCUAAUGAAUUAUGGGUUGAGGUUGGCGACGGAGACACCGAUCACUACUGUUGGCAGAGGCCGGAGGAUAUGACAACUUCACGGCGGGCAUACAAGGUGGACGAGCAGAACCCGGGAUCAGAUGUGGCAGGGGAGACCGCAGCAGCAAUGGCGGCAGCAUCAAUUGUGUUUAGGAAACAAAACCCACGUUACUCUAAGCUACUAUUGCACCAUGCAAAACAGUUGUUUGAAUUUGGUGACAAGUUCAGAGGGAAAUAUGAUAAUAGCAUUGAGAUAGUGAGGGGUUACUAUCCGUCGGUGAGUGGGUUCAUGGAUGAGUUGUUGUGGGCUGCUUUGUGGCUGUACAAGGCCACCGACAUGGAGGUUUAUUUGAAGUAUGUGCUGGAAAAUGGGCAUCCCUUUGGUGGGAUCACUUGGGCCAUUACUGAAUUUAGCUGGGAUGUUAAGUAUGCUGGUGUUCAGGUCAUUGCUUCCAUGUUGAGGGAAGAGAAGCACAAGAAGGAGAACAGGCUAGCACUAGAACAAUACCGUUCAAAGGCAGAGUAUUAUCUUUGUGCAUGCCUCAACAAGAACAAUGACACUAACGUGCAUCGCACACCCGGGGGCUUAUUGUACAUCCGCCAAUGGAACAACAUGCAGUACGUAUCAACGACGUCGUUUCUGCUCACAAUUUACAGUGAUUAUCUUCACUCCACAAAUCAGACGCUCAAAUGUGAUCGUGCCAUUUUGACCCCACAAGAAAUUUUUGCCUUUGCCAAAUCACAGGCUGAUUACAUCUUGGGCUCUAAUCCAAUGGCUAUGAGUUACUUGGUUGGCCACGGCUUAAAUUUCCCUCAGAGGGUGCACCACAGAGGAGCCUCUAUUGAAUCAUACAAAGAGAAUAAGGGUUUUAUUGGGUGCACUGAAGGGUUUGAUAAUUGGUUCGCACGGCCUGAUCCUAACCCUAAUGUUGUUGUUGGAGCCCUGGUUGGAGGGCCAGAUGAGAACGAUCAAUUUAGAGAUCAACGAUCAAAUUUCCAGCAGACGGAGGCAUGCACGUAUAAUACGGCGGCUGUUGUCGGAGUUUUAGCUAAAUUACAUAGAUUGUACAGUCAUCAGUCACAUGAUAGUCCUUUGAUUGUUUCUAACUAAUACAGGUUUUAUCCAUUGAUAUGAAACCUAGGUCAAAGCCGGUUGUGAAUGCGUUCAACCAAUGUUAUACCCCGUCUUAGUCAUUAGAUAGAAUUGACCUAAAAUUGAAUCGAUGUAAAACAAUAUCAAAAUACAACUCAAUAUUUCGGAUCAUUGGAUUUUGAAUUUAUUUUAUUUAUUGAUGACCUUUGAA